AUGAGGAAAUACUUGACAGUAAUUGGUCUGUAUACAGAAAAGAUCGUGAUUAUAAUUACUGGUAAUCCAGUAACUACUGGUCAAUCCAGGGGUGGGGGCGUUUUGAUCGCCGUCAACAAUCGGUUACCAAACCAAUUGGUAUCCACUUCAGUUUUUUCCACUUUCGACCAUCAAUUUAUCAAAAUAUACUCAGGUAGAAUCUAUACCUAUGUGGGAGUGGUUUACUUUCCCCCUUAUUCUGACGAAUCCUCUUAUAACGAUUUCUUUUCCAUAUGUAACGAAAUAUUUUCACAAAUGCAUGAGGAUGAUGAGAUAGUUGUUCUAGGUGAUUUUAAUCGGUCGGCUUUAUCGUUUAUCAACGAUGAAUAUGAUAACCAUCUUCUUCCAGUCAACUUCAUGGAAGACAUCGAUUUUAAUCUCGUUAGUACGUUCUAUGGAAACGACUUGCAGCAGGUGGUACGUUACCCAAAUGAAAGAGGUAAUUGGUUGGACUUAGCUUUCUCAAAUGCCUAUGACAGCAUACGGGUCCGACUUGCUACAGACGAAGAGAACCUUUUCAAAAAUUCUAUUCAUCAUAAUGCAAUUGUUCUCGAAUUUCCUAAUAACAAACUUAAGUUCUCUAAAUCUUACAAUAAAGAGAUUGUAUAUGAUUUUCUUAACGCCGACUACAACAGCAUCAAUUAUGCUCUUAGCUUAAUUAAUUGGAACGAUAUGUUCCAUCAGGACAAUUUAGACAAUAUUAUCUCCGAUUUUUACUCUAUUUUGUUCAGAUUAAUUGACGCCCAUGUUCCAAGAAUCCUUAAAAAGGAUAGACUGGCGGAACCAUGGUUAGAUCGUAAUUUAAGACAAUUACGUAAUCGGAGAAAUAAAUUAUACAAUAAAAUUAAGCAUUCUAGGGACAAUAACUCACUUAUUAAUGAAUAUAAUGACUUGGCGAAUGAAUUCAAAAAUAAAUCCAAUGAGGCAUAUGAUAUUUAUAUCCAAAAUAUAGGCAGCUCGAUUUUGGGGAACCCGAAAAGAUUUUUUGACUUUGUUAACUCCAAACGUAAAUCGUCGGGAUAUCCGAGCUCCAUGAGCAAGAACGGGUUAAUAUCAUCUUCUAACUCUGAGAUUUGCAAUUUUUUUGCCGAUAAUUUUCAACAAACUUAUAGAUUAGAUUCUUUCUAA